AUGUUCGAGGUAGUUUUUGGGGUGUCGAGGUGUUCGAGGUUGAGAGGAGUUCCUAUGCCUUCCCCAGUCGCCGAUACCUGGACGCAGCUAUCGGGAUGGGACGAGGCCCCGCCAGAUCGACCGCCGACGCGUUCCGCCGCUCCUCCCUGCGCGUUUUGUAGGGCGAAACUAGUGGAGUCGGAUAAAGUAACCGCGUUGGCAGCAAGCGACACUCGUCAAGAUCUCCUCGCUAAUAAUAUGGCAGAAGCUUAUUUGGCAUGGGAUUUGCUUAUUCUUCAAGAAAGAGCAAGGAGAAUUAUUAAUGGACUGGAAAGAAGAUUAUUACGAGAUGCACAGAAUCCUUACGAAUUGCCACAUGAUGUCUUUCUUAUGUACUUUAGAAUUAAUCAAGAACUUGCAAUGGAUCUCACAAACAUAUUAAGACCACAUUUAGAACAUGAACGUAUAAAUGGUUUGUCCCCAGAAAUACAAGUUUUAGUGACAAUCAAUUUUCUCGCUAAUGGUAGUUAUCAGACGCCUGUUGGAAAUCAUUACAACUUUGUUAUCAGUCAGCCAUCUACAAGUCGUUGCAUACGUAAAGUAAUAUAUUUAAUAAAUAUACAUUUGUUGCGUCGAUGGGUAAAAUUCCCAAUGACAGCAGAAGAAAGAAUAGUUGCACAGAAUAAAUUUGCACAAGCUCCGCAACCAUUUCCUGGUGCAAUAGGAGCCAUAGAUUGUACUCACAUAAAUAUCAUUGCACCUCGUGUACAUGAAGAAGCAUAUGUGAAUCAUCAUGGAAAUCAUUCCUUAAAUGUACAAGCGAUUGUCGAUCCGGAUUUAAAGAUAUUAAAUAUUAAUGCACGAUAUCCUGGAGCUAGAAAUGACGCAUACAUAUGGAAUGCUUCUCCAAUCAAACGUGCUAUGGAAUACUAUUAUAAUCGUGGUGAAAGAAGGACAUACUUAAUUGGUGACGCUGGAUAUCCACUUGAACCUUGGCUUAUGACACCAUUGCCACAUUAUCCUGAGUGGAGUCGACAAUAUCAGUAUAACGAAAAGUUGUGUAAAGCACGUAGCGUUGUUGAGAGAUUUUUCGGAGUAUUUAAAGCAAUAUGGAGAUGUCUGUCAUAUCAACGUGUACUGAUGUAUGCACCAGACGUCGUAGGACAAAUAAUUAACGCAUGCGCUGUUUUGCACAACAUGCGUCUACAUUAUAGGUUAUUCAUGGAUAUUGAGGAAGAAAAUAUGAGCAUACAGCCCGUUCAGGAAAUAGAGGGGGUUAAAGUUGACCAUAUCCAAUAA